UAUUUCCCUUUCAAAAUGAUCAAUAUCUCCCCAGUCUUUACAGUUUCCCAAGAGUCUCUCAACAUGUCCAACUACCCCCACCACAACCCCUCCGGCUACUCCUACGGCGCUCCGCCGCCGUCGUCCCAAUCCUACCCCUCCGCCCCCUACGGUGCUCCGCCUCCGGGUUCACAUCCCCCCAACCAAUCCUCACCUUACGCACCGGUUUCCGCUCCUUAUUCGGCUCCCUCAGCCCCCCCCGGUGGGCCGCAGUCUUACGGUAGCUACCCUGCGCCGCCGCCGUCCGCGCCGUACGGGAGCCCCUUUGCGUCGCUCGUGCCCUCCGCGUUUCCACCUGGCACUGAUCCCAACGUGAUCGCGUGCUUCCAGGUGGCUGAUCAGGAUGGGAGCGGGUUUAUUGAUGAUAAGGAGCUUCAGCGAGCGCUGUCGUCGUAUAACCAGAGCUUUGGGCUGAGGACUGUUCAUCUGCUUAUGUAUCUUUUCACCAACAGUAACGUGAGAAAGAUCGGUCCAAAGGAAUUUACUCAAGUCUUUUACAGUCUUCAGAGCUGGAGGGCGAUAUUUGAGAGGUUUGAUAGGGACAGAAGUGGCAAGAUUGAUGCAUCAGAAUUGAGAGACGCUCUCCUUAGUCUUGGAUUUUCAGUAUCGCCUGCGAUCCUGGAUUUGCUUGUUUCCAAGUUUGAUAAAAGUGGCGGGAAAAACAAGGCUAUUGAAUACGACAAUUUCAUAGAGUGCUGUCUCACUGUUAAGGGACUGACUGAGAAAUUCAAGGAGAAGGAUACUGCAUUCUCUGGCUCGGCAACUUUCACUUACGAAUCCUUCAUGCUAACCGUUUUGCCUUUCCUCAUCGCUUAGUGCAAUGUAGUUGAUUUUCUCCUUGUAACAUCCCUUUGCUCUUCUUGCACUGUAAUCUUUUUUCUGGCUUGGGACUUCUGCUUAUGAAUCCUUCCCCUGUUUAUGCAGUUGAUUUUCUUAUUGUAAUCUUUGUUCAUUUUGCACUAUAA